GUCGCACCUCUUUCGUCUUGACCUGCUUCGUUUGCAAGUAUGUAACGAAUCCCUUCCCCCCCGCAAACCCCCAUUCUGCCCGCUUCCCUCGCACAGAAACACACACGCCUUUGCUCGUCAUUGCUUGCGUUACCCACGCACAUGUCUCCUUCUUGCUCUUCUUCUUUCACCCCGCUCUCUCCUCAUGUCCAUGUCGCUCACCAUCUCACAGCCCGCCAAGACGGACUUUGGCGCUGGCCGGUUCAUCCAUGACUUCUCCCCGCGCAUCUCCCUCGCCAAGUCCCGUUUCUCUCCUCAGCCUCGCGUCGACUCGCCGCUGAGCACCGUGCGGACCAACAUUUCCGCGGCACGCAGCAAGAUGACGACGCCUCACCGUGGCCUGCCGCCCCCGUCGGCCAUGACGUUGCCCGAUCCGUCGCGGCAUUCUCAGUCUCUCUCGCAAUCCCUAGGUCCGUUGCCCGGUCCGCCGGCCCCUCAGUGGCAGGACCAUCAGGAGGAGUCCAUGCGGAACUGGCUCGCCGCCAAGGCCGAGGAGGAUAAGCGCAAGCAGGAAGAGGAAAAGACGAAGCAAGAAAGCUUCAAGCUGGAGCAACGUCGCAUCGAGUCGUCCAUGCUUCGAGAGGCGCUGCAGGGCGGCAUUCCUCCUCCCAUGAUCCCCAUGAUCUAUGCUGGCAUCGGCGGCUCCAGCCUCGCCACUUUCCACAUCGACAUGUUACAGAGUUACGCCGCGCAGCUGCAGGCAGCUCAGCAGCAACUCCAACAUCACUCGCCCGUAGAUACGAGGCUGGGAGAGGUCCGCAUGAUCGGGCAACCGGGCCCGCAGUACGGCGCGUUGCAGCCUCAACAACACCAGGUCGUGCCGAGUCAGCCUGCAGAACACAAUCAGCAGCCGGGCGCGAGUCAAACGACCUUUUCCGCAUACCAGCCGGCUCCAACCCGCCCCGUACCUACCUCUGGCCCUCGAUCCGCCACGCAUACGCAAUUGCCCCGACUGACGACAAACGAAAUGCACGUCCACCAACCUCCUCACCAGCAAGGACCCGGCAGCGCACACCCGUUGCAACAAAGUCAGAGUGUGCAAGACCAGCACGGGUCCUCUUCGCCCCUCUACUUCCACCACUGGCAGCCUCCCACCGAAUCAAAGUCCAACCAUCCCCAAACUCCCGCAAGUAAAGGUGAGCCGCACUCCGCUCACCCCGGCUCGCACCCCUCCGAAAGCGACUACAGGGAGUCGCCGCGCAAACGCAAGGCCCAAGGUCCGCACCAACCCGCGCCGAUGCCGUCUGCCGGCCCGCAAUACACCUCGCCGCCGUUCAGUGUGACUUCUUCCGGCUCCGGGCGGAAGGUCAACCACAGCCAUGCGCGCUCGCGAAGCGGAACAGACAGUCGGCCUCAAAGUCGUCGUGAGCCCGACCCGCCACGGUCAUCGCAUCGCGAGCUGGUCGAUAUGUCGGUCGCGAGUCUAGCUAUCGGCUCGUCGCCAUCUCAGCCGCGGGAAGCGCCCGCUAGACUGGCGUCGCUGGAGAGGCAAUCCGAGUCUCGCGAGGGAAGGCCGGAGUCGAGGGGGUCAUGACGAGUGUC